AUGACAAAUAAUUUAUCUCAUGUUCCAACUACAUUCGAUGGAACUGUGGACCUGGGAAUUAUCGGGGGCACAGGUCUGUACCAAUUAGAAUGUCUCGAGGCGAUCGCCGUUAUUCCAGCGAUGGUGACACCAUGGGGUACCACAUCGUCGCCCAUCACGAUAUCAAAAAUGGUCGGAGACUCCCAAGAGCAUUUCCACGUUGCAUUCAUCUCAAGACACGGUCUGCACCAUCAAUACUCGCCUUCCACCGUGCCAUUUCGAGCCAAUAUGGCAGCUUUAAAACACCUCAAAUGUAAGGCUGUAUUGUCUUUCAGUGCCGUAGGCUCGCUACAGCAGCACAUCAAGCCUCGCGAUUUUGUUUUGCCCCAGCAAAUAAUCGAUAGAACCAAAGGGAUUCGUGAAUCUUCUUACUUCAACGACAUCGGUCUCGUUGGCCAUGUGGGCUUUGGCGAACCAUUUUCGAAAGCGUUUGCGCAAUACAUCAGUCAAUUCGGCAACGUUCUGAAGCACUCUGACCCGGAGGAGUCAUGCUCCUUACAUUCCGGGGAAGAUGUUACCGUUGUGUGCAUGGAGGGACCACAGUUCUCUACCAGAGCUGAGUCUAAAAUGUAUCGGAUGUGGGGCGGUGACGUGAUUAAUAUGAGCGUUUUGCCCGAAGCCAAACUAGCACGCGAAUGUGAACUCCCUUAUCAAAUCGUUUGUAUGUCAACUGAUUAUGACGCCUGGAGAGACGAAGCUGAACCUGUCACAGUCGAGACCGUUAUUGCGAACUUGCACAACAACGGAUCCAACGCCAAUGUAUUGGCGUCCACCAUCAUCACCAACAUGGCCAACAAAUUGCCUGAAUUCAUGGUCACUGGUGAUGGCCUAAAAGGUUCAAUUAAGAUGAGCAUUUCGACCAAGCCACACGCCAUGUCUAAAGAGACGUUAGCCAAGCUCGAAUACUUGUUUCCUGGCUACUGGUAG